AUGCGCAUCUGCUUUUUUUUGCAAAUCUUUCUGUGCGACCCUCUCCUCCACCCGCUCCACCUGCCUUGCCUUGCUCAACUACCUGCCUACCCACCAACUCGACAUAUUGCUCGCCCACCUCCUCUGUUCCCUUUCGUUCGGACUGUUCGUCCUGUGCAAGCUCGAUCGUUUGCACGGUUCCGGAUCCAACCGACCGUUUUUGCCCCCCAAGUUGCACCGCGUCGUCUUUUUCCUUCUUGUUAGCUUGAGGCGUGUGUGUGUGCUGGCUGCUGCUGCUAGGUACCUCCAACUGGCGCCCGCUCUGGUCUACCUACUACCUAUCUUUGGCAAAUGUAUGAAUUGUGCUUGAUUCCCAUUACUGUGUGUUUGCCCCUUGCCGUGAGAGGACCGAAUGAGGUCGGGCGUCGUUGAAUGUUGCGAUUGACCGAAGUCCGGACCCGGCUGCGCAGCCGUGAUGUUGGCCUUCAGCUCGACUUAGGGCUCCCAUCUCGACUUGUGACCGGCUUCGCACCAAUCGCAUCCGCAUCUGGCGCAUCUCAAUCAUGUCUCGACGGAUAACAGACAAGAUCGCAUCCCUUGGGCCGGAUGAACCCUUCUACACGUUCGAGGUAGGCCUCCAUUGCGCUCUCGGCUUACUCCGCGCUUAACUCCAUCCUCACCCGCCGUCGAUCUGCUGAGGCGACGAGCGACGAUGCUGACCGUCCUUGCCCAUGAUUCACCCAGGUGUUUCCACCCAAGACCUCACCCGGUGUAUCGAACCUCAUCUCACGACUAUCCCGCAUGUCAUCACUCAACCCGUCCUGGAUUCACAUCACGUGGGGAGCCGGAGGAUCGACCCAUUCGACCUCUCUACAAUUGGCCGAAGCGAUCGUUUCCAAGACGAAUGGACUCGGCUUGGACGCAUGCUUGCAUUUGACGUGCACGAACAUGGAGAGGAGUGUACUGGAUGAGGCGUUGAAGGUCAGUACGGCGGACCGGGGGUCGGUCUUCUGGGCGAGACGAAGCAGGUCUCGGGAGUCGCGGGCCGAGACGACGUGCGAAGGGCCGAAUGCUGAUGCGGUCCGGUGGUUCUGAUGACAACAGAGGGCAAAGGAGCUGGGUGUGGUGAAUCUGUUGGCGUUACGAGGAGGUCAGUCGAUUCGAAACUGAUGCCUGAGCGAGAGUAUCUCCGAUCGCUAAUUUCCCAAGUCGUUGUCUCUUCACAGAUCCACCGAGAGGAGAGGAAUACUGGGUCGCUUCGGACGGCGAAUUCCAGCAUGCGACCGAUCUGAUCGCGUACAUCAAAGAGCACCACGGAAACGACUUUUGCAUCGGCGUCGCAGGUCAGUGCUCUCUCAUUCGCUUUCGAGGUCAGUAGGCGGCCCUGGCACGGGAAGCUGACACUGGAGACGAUGGGGUCACCGACAGGCUACCCCGAAGGACACGCGGACUCGGCGGACAAGUCGGCCGACAUUGACUACCUCUUCGCGAAACAGCAAGCCGGUGCCGAGUUUGUCGUCACCCAAUUGUUCUAUUGCGUCGAGACGUUUCUCAAGUGGCACAAGGCGUGUCGGGACAGAGGUGAGUUUGCCACAGGGGUGUAAGCCCUUUUUGGGACCUUGCUCUGACUCUGCUCGUAUCAGGUAUCACCAUCCCCAUACUACCGGGAAUUAUGCCCAUUCAAAACUACCAAUCGUUCCGACGCAUGACGAACUUGUGCAAGAGCCACAUCCCACCCCAGAUCGUCAAGGAUCUCGAGCUCAUUCAGGUAGGCCCGUUCGUGACCUUCGAAUUGAGGUGAUAUCUGACUCUCCAGCAUACAUUCGCUCGCAGCACGACGAUCAAUCGGUCAAAGACUACGGUGUGCGACUAGCCGUUUCGAUGAUGCGAGAACUCUGGCAAGCCGGGAUCAGAGGUUAUCACCUGUGCACGCUCAACUUGGAAAAGUCCGUUAGUCGAGUGCUCGAGCAAUUGGACUGGGUCGAGCACCCCCCACCAUCACCCUUGAUCAAGGAACCACAAGCGAAUGGCGUCGACACAUCCAAACCCUCUUCGCUGUUGCCUUCACAGGUUGAGCUAUUGAGAGCGAAAGGCUCCAAAGGGGGUGUGGACGGGCAAGGCGCGAGAAAGGAUAGUCCGACCAGUUGGGACGAGUUCCCCAACGGUCGAUUCGGUGAUGCCCGCAGUCCAGCCUAUGGUGACUUGGACGGAUACGGAGUGGGACUCAAGCUCACUGUGAGUUUCGGCUAUUCGCUUCCAUGACGUCGAGGGACUGCAGCUGAGACAAAAAGGUCUCUUCUCGUAGCCUGCUGAGGCACUUCGACAAUGGGGUUCUCCCACCACGCUCGCCGACGUCUCCAACAUCUUUUCUUCCUAUCUUUCCGGCAAACAAGCUUCGAUCCCAUGGUCCGAAGAAGCACUGCGAGCCGAGACGAAAACGAUCGCGCAACACCUGAUCCGACUCAACGACGAACGCCAUUGGUGGACCGUCGGAUCCCAACCUGCCGUUGACGGUGCACCUUCCGGCGAUCCCGUCUAUGGGUUCGGUGCCAAGGGUGGAUACGUCUACCAGAAAGCCUUCGUCGAGUUCUUCUUGACCGAGGCAGAGUUGGAUCAAUUGGAACGACGAGCCGAAGAGGAUGCCAAAGCAAGACAGGAGAAGGACGCGGGGGAAGGCUUGAUCAAGUGGUACGCUGGGAAUCGCGAGGGCAGGUUGAGGAGCAACAUGAAGAAGGACAAUGUCAACGCCGUCACAUGGGGCGUGUUCAACGCCCAGGACAUCGUGACGACGACGUUGAUUGAGGAGAUGAGUUUCAAGGCAUGGAGUGUGAGUGUCUUUCCGACUCGAGCAUCCAGUUGAGUCAUCCACUGACGGGAUCACGUAUUUUGAUCUCAUAGGAGGAAGCCUUUGCCAUCUGGCUCGAAUGGUCCCAUCUCUACCCGGCCAACUCGGCCUCGCGCAGAUUCAUUCGCGAGCUAGCGGACACGAGGUGGCUCGUUUCGGUCGCACAUCAUGACUACAAGCAAAUAGACGGGCUGUGGCAAUGGUUGCUGGCGGCGCCGAAGGUUUAG